AUGUCGUCAUUGCUGACAACACUGGGGUUGCGCGCUGCCCCAGGAGGGCUGGUUAUCGCAUAUUUCUGGACGAGCACCACCCGUUUACAAAAAAUUUGCUUGGGAAUCGACAACAAUGUGGCACCGAGGGAGGACUUUGCAACCCUGGGAGAGGCUGCGGUGAAGUCCGGCAAAGUUAGGCGAAGCACUCUCAACAGACUCAAGCGACAAGAGGCAGCACAUGCAAAUUCCAUAGAGAAUUUCCCUGUGUUUGCAGCAGCUACUCUGAUUGCAGUGUACGCCGGAGUUCCCAACAAGACCGUACACAGAUUCGGUCUCUGCUACACCGUUUCACGGAUCGCUUUUAACAUCUGCUACUCAUACAUCGAGAACCAAAGUUUGAGCUACCUCCGCUCUGCGGUCUGGUGGCCAGGCAACAUCAGCUGCUUCACUGGAUUGAUUGCGGCAGCUAGGAAGCUAUAA